AUGUCGUCGGCUGUGUCUUUGCCCGUGUGUGCCCUGUGUUGGUCCGUCUCUUCGGGUGAGGACUUGUACAUGACCAGAGCUCUGAAGCUGAUGUCUGAGACACCGCUCAUCGAUGGCCACAAUGACCUGCCUUGGCAACUCCGUGAACAAUUCAACAACCAGCUCAACAAAGUGGACCUAAACACUCUGGAAACAACACACACCAACAUACCAAAGAUUAAGACGUGUCGUCUUGGAGCGCAGUCUAUUCUUUUUCCUUCCUUCUUUCCGUUCUGGUCAGCCUACGUGCCCUGCGAGUCUCAGUACAAAGAUGCAGUCAGAAAAACGCUGGAGCAGAUUGAGGUGAUUCAUAGGAUGUGUCAGAAAUACCCAAAAACGUUCACGUUCGCCACCAGCAGCCAAGGUCAGGGGACAGCGUUCGGCCACAAUGAGACGGCCAGUCUGAUUGGUGUGGAGGGGGGGGGUCACUCCAUUGACAGCAGUCUUGGCACACUGCGUACCUUGUACCACUUGGGGGUCCGCUACCUGACACUCACACACUCCUGCAACACACCCUGGGCCGAUAACUGGCUUGCGGACACUGGAUCAGAACUACCGCAACACAACGGACUGUCUCCUUCUGGCAAGCAACUGAUUGUAGAAAUGAAUCGCGUGGGGAUGCUGAUCGACCUGUCUCAUGUGACUGUAAGAGUGAUGCACCAGGUUCUGGACAUGUCAAAGGCUCCCGUCAUCUUCAGCCACUCCUCCGCCUUCGCUGUCGGUCCACAUAAGAGAAAUGUUCCGGAUGAAGUCCUCAAGAGAGUGAAUGAAACUGGAGGGAUCGUCAUGGUCAACUUCUACGACGACGAAGUGACCUUCUCCCACACUGCCACCCUCGCCAACGUUGCCGAUCAUUUUGACCACCUAAGAAAAGUGGCUGGAGCUGGCAUCGUUGGUUUCGGUGGUGACUAUGAUGGUGUUGAAAGACUCCCAGAGGGUCUGGAGGAUGUGUCCAAGGUCCCACAUCUGGUGGCUGAGCUGCUGAGAAGAAGGUGGUCUGAUCUUGAGGUUAAAGCCGCUCUGGGAAACAACUUGCUUCGUGCACUCAAACGUGCGGAGGAGGUGAGAGAUAGACGCUCACACCCUUCUCAUGCUGACACCUCUCCCUGA